UCCUCCAAAACACUUGCCUUCACUUAAAACGGAGUCGCCUCAUUUACAAGCAGUUUAUGCACUUGCACUGACGUCAAUGGAGCUAUCUUGGAUGUAUAUAACAGUUCAGACAGAGGCGGUCUACUACAAUCGCCAUUUAGCGGGACUUUUCGUACCGGGUUCUCCAUUGACACUUUUCUAGACUUUCAGCACCAGGAGGCAAUCAAGGCACCGUUUUGUUCGUCUGUUCAGCACUAUGAAGCCUGUCCCCCUGGUCCUGCUCCUUGCCACUGUUCUCCUCACCUCUCACAUCCCCCCAAGUGUUAGUCGACCACAGGACCUGGCCAUGUUCGACGGCCACGGCUACAAGAGUCAGCUGGACGAGGUGUUCCAGAAGGCUGGCGACGCAGUUUCCUACCUUAUCAAAGAAAAUAUACUGCGUUAUUUGCAGAGAAAUCCCCGGUUGCAAACAGGUUUCCCGCCACAGUUUCCCUUUGAGGUGACGCCCCUGGGCUCGAGGGGUCUUGGUCACCUGGCGCGCAGUUUGCCGCCCUUUGAGCAGCAGCGCGCGCCUGGGGAGGUUAACAGCCUGGAAGACUUCGUGGAGUUGACCAAGAGAAACGAUGACCCGCCGAUCUCCAUCGACCUCACUUUCCACCUGCUGAGAAAUAUGAUCGAAAUGGCGCGGAUCGAGAGCCAGAAGGAGCAAGCAGAGUUGAACCGCAAGUAUCUAGAUGAAGUUGGAAAGUGAUACCAAGUGUAAUCUACAAGGGAGAAAAUAUCUCAAGUAAAAAAAAAAGCCCCUGGCACUCUCCCACGAUAUAGUUUCGAUUUUUUUUUGCAUUUAACCUUUGGUUUCUCUGUCAUUCCUCAACCUGUGCGUAAAAGGAACUUACCCACCUAUCCAAAAAGCCUUUCAAAAUCAACGGACUACCAGUCUACCAAGACCCCAGCUACAGUGUACUCAUAGUGGACGACUGGAAUACUAUUCUUUGAGAUAUGGAAUAGUGUGUGAAUACUUCGCAUUUCACACCUCUAUUCUCACCUUUGGAUGUCCGGAACAUUGUAGUAGGCCUACAACAACAAUAUUGUCAGAAUCAAAUCGGGUUAUAAGUUGCCCUAAUGUGGAAUAAGUGCAACAUGUUUAUUAGUCAAAAUAGGGACCAAACUAAGAUUUGAUGUCAACAGUAGCAUAAAUGGUUACUACAAAGUUAAUAACAAUGACAGAUACUAAUCAUUACACUGAAGUUUCCAGCAAUAAAUAUCAAAAUGUUGACAAACGCUAUAGCCCUAUAACACAUUACCAAAGGAAAAUGAUGCUGUGUAAAUUGAUAUUGGCUAUCCUCUUAUGAUCUUUAAAUGUCAGUUGUUUGAUGGCAGGUAGCCGAGUGGUUAAGAGGUCACUGGUUUGAAUCCCUGA